AUGGGCGCAGGACUAGGCUUCGGCCUCAAAUUCGUGCAGUGGUUCAUCCGCGGCAUCCAGUUCUGCUGCUGCGCCAUCGUCCUCGCCAUCUACUCCUACUUCCUCGCAACGCUGCACAACCACAAGCUGCCCAUCGCCACCAGCCUCCGCGCCGUCGAGGGCAUCUCUGGGGCAGGCACGCUGUACACGCUGCUGGCCCUGUUGAUGCUCUGCUGCCUCGCUGGCCACACGUUGACGGCUUUCUUAGCUGUCGUGCUUGACGUCUGCUUCAUCGGAGCCUUCAUCUACGUCGCCAUUGCCAACAAGAACGGCGCUGGCUCAUGCAACGGGGUGCUUGAUACGCCUUUUGGCAAGGGUCAGUCGGAUGCCACUGUCCAGGCUGACAAGGGCUUCACCACAUUACCGAGCUUCCACACGGCUUGCAGACUGCAGACAGCCUGUCUCGCCGUGUCCAUCAUCGCAAUCAUCUGUUUUGCCUUUUCCAUCCUCAUGGAAUUCGCCCUCACGCGCCACCACCAAAAGGAGAAGCGCUUCGGCCCCAGCCCCCAGAACAACUACACCUCCGGCUUCGGCAAGCGAAAGGGCGGCUUCUUCGGACGCAUCUUUGGCUCCCGCCAGGUCGUCGACGGCAGCGAGGAGGGCAACAUGCUGCCCCAGCACCCGCAGCCCGACCAUCUCCACACUGACAACAACGACAUCUCCAACCCAUACAACCACACCGACUAUAACCCCAAGUACGAGACUGGUUACGGGUACACCGGCGUCACCGGCAACAACAACACCGCUUACACGGGUGCUGGUGGAUAUACGGCUCCGCGUACUACCGCUGGGUAUGGACAGCCGGUUAACUACCGCUAUGAGGAUGGUAUCUACGACCCUGCUCAGCAUUAA